ACCUCUUGAGUCUUGGCCAUGGAGUCUCUUGGAUACUCAUCGCAAUCACUUUCUAUACUCUUCCUAUUUUUCCCAAUCUGGGCUUCUGCGACGCAGCUUAACAUUCCUCGGCUUGGAACAGUUAUACGGAGAACAUCGCAACAUGAUGAACCUCAAACCACAUAUUCUUCAUCCGACACGGCCGAGGAUUUCAAAACAUUUUAUUACACCCAACAGCUCGAUCACUUCAACUACAGGCCUGAAAGCUACGCCACUUUUCAACAAAGAUAUGUUAUCAACUUCAAGUACUGGGGUGGAGCGGAUUCCAACGCACCAAUAUUUGCAUAUCUUGGCGCAGAAGAAUCUUUGGAUCAUGAUUUAUCCACCGUUGGGUUUCUCAAUGAUAAUGCCCUCCGGUUUAAGGCCCUCCAGCUCUUCAUAGAGCAUCGGUACUAUGGGAAAUCGGUACCAUUUGGAUCAAUGAAAGAGGCUUUGAAGAAUGCGAGCACUCGUGGUUAUUUCAACUCGGCUCAGGCUAUAGCAGAUUACGCUGCUGUGCUCUUACACGUAAAGAAAAAUUUAUCUGCGGAAUAUUCUCCAAUAAUCGCUAUUGGAGGCUCCUAUGGAGGAAUGCUUGCAGCAUGGUUUCGGCUAAAGUAUCCACACAUUGUUCUUGGAUCUCUAGCUUCUUCAGCUCCAAUCCUUUACUUUGACGGCAUUUCACCGGAAGUUGGAUACUACUCUAUAGUAACCAAGGAUUUUAAAGAAACUAGUCAAAGUUGCUUUGAAACCAUCCAAAAAUCAUGGACUGAAAUUGAUAGAAUUGCUUCCAGACCUGAUGGUCUUUCAACACUUAGCAAGAGAUUUAAUACUUGCGGUCAAUUAAAUAUAUCUUCUGAUCUGAAGGACUAUUUGGAGAGUAUAAUUACUGAAGCAGCUCAAUAUAAUGCUCCCCCAAAAUACCCAGUUAGUGUUAUCUGCAGUGCCAUUGAUGGAACAACUGUUGGAACUGAUACUCUUGGCCAAAUAUAUGCGGCUGUUGUUGCUUACAAAGGAAACCGAUCAUGCCAUAACAUGAAUGAAUACAAUUAUCCAACUGAAACAAAUGAAGGGUGGAAAUGGCAGGACAUAAAACUGAUUCUCCAAAGGUUUGCAAGCAACAUCAUCUUCUCCAAUGGGCUAAAAGAUCCUUACAGUAGUGGAGGGGUCUUGGAGGACAUAUCAGACAGCAUCGUCGCCGUCUCUACAAUUAAUGGUUCUCAUUGCUUGGACAUACACAAGGCAAAGGAAAGUGACCCGAAAUGGUUGGUGAAGCAAAGACAGACAGAGGUCGAGAUAAUUGAAAAAUGGAUUGCCAAGUACCAGGCUGAUCUUUUGGCUUUCAAACAGCACAUUCCUAUAUGA